GGUUCAAAUACGAGUGGAAGCCAUCUUGAACGGUUGGUUGACAUGACUCUUUGGCAGUCAGCUAAAAAUUGAGUACACCUUACCAACACCGCUUAGAGAACCGCUAAUUUCAGACAUUCAAGGGUUUCGGAAAGACCGAGAAGGACGCAGCGGCGCAGUUAAGCUACACAAGAUGGCUAGCUAAAUAGUCGGCCAGUACUUGAUAGCUAGCUAAGCCCUCCUGGUGUAUGGUUUUCUCAACAACUACGGGAUUAACAUCUAUGCCUAGCUCUUAAUUACUUAAGAAAUUAGAGAUUCAAAAAAAAAAAAAGAUUUAAGGGAGGAUAAUUGGGUCUUUUGGCACUUGAAGUCUCAGAAACGAGAAUCUUGUCGAGGAGCCUGCUGAGACGAAGGAUUUGGACAAUUUUUGAAGCCACAAGAGAGGACAAUCAAGCUCUGAGGUGUCCCAGGAAAGCGGACUCUUAUCAUCUAGAGACUUCUAGAGCUUUCAUUAUUAUUGGAACAGAAAACUCGAACUAAGUAAACAUGAGUACCGCCAGGACAGAGAACCCAGUGAUUUUGGGCUUGUCAAACCAGAAUGGACAGCUAAGAGGUUCGGUGAAGCCUGCUGGAGCACCAGGUGGAGGUGGUGGAGGAGGAGGGCCUCAACAACAGCAGCUUAACCAGAUGAAAGGAGCAAUUAACAAUGGUAACUCCCAGCCAGCCCCUACGACUAACGCUGUCAUCAAGCCUGGAGAUGACUGGAAGAAAAAUUUGAAAUUGCCACCAAAAGACAUGAGGAUGAAAACUUCGGAUGUGACUGCAACAAAAGGCAACGAGUUUGAGGAUUAUUGUCUGAAGAGGGAGUUGCUUAUGGGAAUCUUUGAGAUGGGCUGGGAAAAGCCAUCGCCAAUCCAGGAGGAAAGUAUUCCCAUCGCACUGUCAGGGAGAGAUAUCCUGGCCAGAGCCAAGAAUGGCACGGGAAAGAGUGGUGCCUACCUCAUUCCCUUACUUGAACGUAUUGACCUGAAGAAGGACUGCAUACAAGCUUUGGUCAUAGUGCCCACCAGAGAACUGGCUCUGCAAGUAAGCCAAAUAUGUAUCCAGGUCAGCAAACACAUGGGAGGAGUGAAGGUAAUGGCAACCACAGGGGGAACAAACCUCCGUGAUGACAUCAUGAGACUUGAUGAAACAGUACAUGUGGUCAUUGCCACACCUGGGAGAAUUUUAGACCUCAUCAAGAAAGGAGUGGCCAAAGUCAAUCAAGUGCAGAUGAUUGUUCUGGAUGAAGCUGACAAACUUCUGUCUCAGGACUUUGUGGUGAUGAUGGAGGAAAUUCUGGGCUUCUUGGCCAAACAGAGGCAGAUUCUGCUUUACUCUGCCACCUUCCCUCUCAGUGUGCAGAAGUUUAUGAAUGCACACUUGCAGAAACCUUAUGAGAUCAACCUGAUGGAGGAGCUGACACUGAAGGGUGUGACUCAGUAUUACGCUUAUGUAACCGAAAGGCAAAAAGUUCAUUGCCUCAACACCUUGUUCUCCAGGCUCCAGAUCAACCAGUCCAUAAUUUUCUGCAACUCCUCACAGAGAGUGGAGCUCCUCGCCAAGAAAAUUUCCCAGCUUGGUUAUUCAUGUUUCUACAUUCAUGCCAAGAUGAGACAGGAGCACCGCAACCGUGUGUUCCACGACUUCAGAAACGGCCUCUGCAGGAAUCUUGUCUGCACUGACCUCUUUACAAGAGGAAUUGACAUUCAAGCUGUGAAUGUUGUGAUCAAUUUUGACUUUCCCAAGCUGGGAGAAACAUACCUUCAUCGCAUUGGCAGAUCUGGCCGCUUUGGACACUUGGGUCUCGCCAUCAACCUCAUCACUUACGACGAUCGCUUCAACCUGAAAGGGAUUGAGGAGCAGCUCGGAACAGAGAUCAAGCCCAUCCCUGGCAUCAUUGAUAAGAGCCUCUAUGUGGCAGAGUACCACAGUGAGAGUGGUGAAGAAGUCAAGCCAUGAGCCAAUCAGUCCAUCCUCCAUUUCCCCCUUUGUACCUUUUUUCACCCCUCCCAUCCCCCCCUGUCUUGGAGUUCCUUUUUUAUGUACAGUUUCUGUCUUCCUUUUCUGGAUGCCACCAUGAGGAAUGUGUAUUUUGAUGGACGCGUUUGGGAAGAACUCAUUUGCCUUUUAACUGGGCUCUGUGCUGCACCAUCACCACCACCACCACCGCCCUGAAGACAUGAGCACCUGGAGGAAAGCAUGGGACCAAGUGAAAAAAUAUUGAUGCACAUUGUGACUAUUCAUAUCCACCGAUGACACAAAGCCAGCACCAACAGACCGAUUCAUGUCGCCCUCCACUCUCCAUGUUUUAUUUUGGAAGUUUUAACCAAUUUGUAUCAAGUGCCUUAACAAGCAGCUCAACUUGUUCUAAAGUAAUAACCCUUCAUUAUCCUCCAUUAUCUCACUCACCUCAUACCACACACUCACUUUCACCUAAUUGAAAAUUUGUCACACUAAUUUAAUGUCCGAUGGCGUAGGUGAAUUCAUCACAGCUUUUGGUUGGGUCAUCUGUUUGAAAAGAAUGGAGAUAAUUAGAAGGGAGACUGGUCUGAAUUAUCUUUCUGCUGGCUUAGCUGCACUUGAGUCUGGCUGAGAAAUGAGGACAAACUUGGAUUUUCCAUGGACAGAGAUGCUGGAUUUUUUCCAAGAGACAGCCAGACUGUCCAGCUGCUUGUGAAGAAGCUUGAGCUUCUAAAAGACCCAGACUCUUUCCUCCGUCUUCAGCAUCAGAACACUAAAAACGAAUGAGCAGCCUCUCAACACCAAGAGUCAUGAGGAUUCCUGUUUCGGUGGAGUUAAAUUGUAGGGAACGCUUUUUUCUUUUACGUCCUGUGUUUCACCUUCCUGUGGAUGGCCAUACUAAAUUCUGCGGCGGACGUGGGGGGCACCUCACAUUGUGUAUAUACCUUCAUUUUAAGAUUGUUUUAAACAAGUUCAAAAGGCUGGCUGACAAACUGAAAAGCUUUCCCCCCUCGCUCUCUUGUUAGCACUGGAGACUGUUUCCUUAACUGCCAGUUUGUUUGUUCUGCAAUAUUGGCCUGUGAAUUUAUUUAUAAUUUUAGACAUUGCAGAAUUUAUACGGAUUUGAAACGUUGAAAUGACCGUGCGCAUGAAAUGAUUUGAAGGCCGAGUUCACCACUGAUAAUCUUUUAACCCUGACAAAUUUGAUGUCAAGUGGAAUUCUUGGAAGCUGCACUUAAACUGAGAGUUGAAAUUGUGGCCCCUUUUCUCCCGCUCCCAGUGUUAACAAGUGUUCAGUUAAGACGGAUGACUUUGUUAAGCUUGUGCAUUUGAGUAAUGAAUUCUUUGUUGUCACCAGCCUUAACUUGUAACCGUGACUCUUGAGACACUCUCUAAGAUCUCAAGUUACAAUGAGUGUUAUUGGAAGAGAAAAUAUUAUAUCAUGUAGUAGUACUACUCGCUGCAGUGCAGCUGAAUUGGCAGAGAAUUCGUUUUCUGGGGGAGGUAUUUGCUGUUACGUUGAUCUAUGUGCUCUUUAAGCACAGCUACAUUAUUUCACUAAUGUUGAGCAGGGAGCUGUGGAUUUCUUUUCCCCCGUUUGAAGAAUGUCGGCCGAAUGCAUCAAAAUGAACCAUCUGACCUAAAAUGUAGCAGGAAUUCAUUCUCUGUGCAUUGCAAGUUAGCUGGCUUUCUGAGUCCAGCUGACAGAAGACGCCUCACUCAAACAACCUGAGCAGGUUGGGCUGCACUUAGCACACAGAGAGAUGGGUUCAGGCAAUAACACUCACUGCACUGCUUUUGUACACUCGUGCUGCCCCAGUGAGAGAAGUGAGGUGGUGCAGAACCUAAAAAAGAAUUGGCACGGAGGGGGAAUGGGCAUGAAGGAUUUAAAAUUUCUAUCAGUCGGACUGCUUGUUUAAAAAAAAUAACUUUAGCAUCUCAGGCUGCUGAGUUGAUGGCUUAUUUCUCUGCCCUUUAUGCUUUGAUAGUUGGGGUUUGGGUUAUUUUUUUGCAAUUUUUUGCAACUUGAAAACCUUAGAUUGCACAAAGGUCUUCUGAGCAGGCAUUUGCAGUGCUGAAGCCUUUCUGCAGAUGAGGUUCCCUUUGUUCUGGUCAGAUGCUCUCAACCGUUCGAACAAUGAGAAGUAUUAUUGCACAUUUAAUUUAAGCUCUUUUUAAAACUUGAAAAUGAUCAGUUCGUGCUUUGCCCUUUUUAUUUCUCAUUGUUCCGGACUUUGAUCCCCUUUCUCUCUGCUCGAUUGUUGUCCCUUUAAAACGUGCUCAUCUGAUCUGGCUCAUUGUUUGGGUGGGAGGGCUGUAUUUGUUUAAAAAUCUAAAUUAAAUAGAGCAUUAGCUGAGUGAACAGGGAUCAAACUGUGCAGACACUUGGCAGCUGUCUGUUUAUAGUGUCAGCCCACCGGUAGUAAUCAGUGAAGCAAACACUUCCAAGGCGAAAAUCAACGUCCUUCAACAUCAAGUGUUACCUGUAAUGGGAUGCUGCUUUACUGCCUGGGGCUGACAUCUUGGAAACCUUAAAGAUUGAGACAAGAGCAUCUUUCCUCUGAUUGGAUAAAUAAUUGGAUUGUUAUCUGUAAAUAAAUUGUCUCAUUCUUUACGGGCUUUUUAAAUUUGUGGGGUGGGUAAAUUAGUGUUUCUGCUGCCCUGGUGCACAUGUUAAUCCUCUCCUGAUACCAGACAAAUUACAUUAAGCACAGCUUUUGUGUCUGAUUUGGCCUUUUUGUGGAGGAGGAUACAAGUGGACUACUUCAGAGAUUUCUUUGAAACAUGUGCAUCAGAAAGACAACAUGGGGAGGAGCCAAAGGGCUUAAACAAAAACAGGAUAUGAUCUAAAGAUCCAAAGUUAUGGAAACGGGUAUGAAAAGAGUUUGAAAAAAGUUGCCCUUAAAUUUGGAUUUUUGUUUUUCUUUAAAUGAAAUGUUCAAGUGGAGUAACCCUGAUUUCAAAAGUCUCCAAAUUUAAGUGAAGAAUUUAAAGCCUGAGUUCAUUUUCUUUUUUAUUUGAUGGAAAUUUGGUCGUUAUUUAAUUGGCAGAUUAUUCAGUGGAGCUAAUUUUACUGUGAAGUUAAGUUAAAAAAAAAAAAGGAUGUCAUCAGUAUGAUUGGAUAUGAUUGAACGUUUGGUUGGAAAUAAAGCUCACUGAAAUUUAA